GACAGAGUAGCAGUGGCGCAGUGUUAAUCUCCAGUACUGCUGUCAAUUGACAAAGUGGCUUUUUUCUCUGUUUGUAGAUCGGGCAUUGUGACGAGCGAUCGGUCCCUGUCUGUGAACAGUUUGCACUCUGCUCACUUUUCAUGCAGAAAGCAUCGUCAGACUAACACGAUUGUUUGCGUCCUUCUGCCUCGUCAGUUCCGGCUACUCUUCUCUAUGAACGAUUUUUUUUCUUUUAUCCCGAAUUCAGGUGGAUAUCUUUCUCACAACUUUUGUUUUUUAGCAAUAUUUCUUUAAUUUGACAACAAGCAAAUCUGUAUGGCUUCACAUUCGUACGGACUGAAGAGUCGCUUGAGCCUCCCGAACGGAUUUGAAGAGGGGAAACAACGUGCUUUGAAUGUGGAAUAGACUUUAACUAAUAUUGACACCUCCUGGACUGUGUGCUCCCUGCUGGUACACAGCCUCCAACAAAUUGAUCGGAAUCCCUGUCUUGCGGAGUCAUUUGAACCUUUUUAAGUGAUAAAUUCCAAUUAAAGGUCGAUGUGUCUAAUCAAAAUUCGUCGCGGAUUGCUGUGGGCUUCUCUUUUCGAAGUGCCGAUGGGAGUGUAAGAUUUUGCAAAGAAACCAAGAAAAGGCAAGGUUUCCGACGUUAGCCUUUUAUUUCACACAUUUAUACGUAAAGCGAAAGCAAACAGAGCCAACAAACUUGCCGACUUUGGUAGUAAGCAGUAGAAUUGUACUGUGACUCAUGGCUUCUCUGUACCAGAGGUUUACUGGAAAGAUCAACACGUCCAGAUCUUUUCCUGCUCCACCUGAAGCUAGUCAUCUUCUUGGUGGACAAUGCGCCGAGGAGGACAAAGCCUCGAAGAUCCCAUGCCCCUCGCAGGACCACCGGCCCCGUUUCCCACAUCACAACAGAAGUGACUAUGAAGAUGAGGAUGAGCUGGUGGGGAGUAACCCUCCGCAGAGGAACUGGAAAGGAAUUGCAAUUGCCCUGCUUGUUAUUCUGGUCAUCUGCUCCCUGAUUGUCACCUCCGUCAUUCUUCUAACGCCAGGUGAGGAUGACACUCUUGCAUUCAAAAAGAAAGUGACCCUGGAAAAUCUGACGAGCAAUGAGUUUAAAAUUUGGGACCCAGAGGCAAAAUGGAUAGAUAAUAAUGAACUUAUAUACCAUACCCAAGAAGGCAGUGUUGUGAGAUAUAAUGUGGAAACAAACGAAACUACAAUUGUGAUUGAGAGCAAAAAAUUUGUCACCUAUACAGCCAGCAAGUAUGAAGUGUCACCAGAUAUGAAGUAUGCUUUGCUUGCAUACAGUGUUACACCUGUAUACCAGCAUUCAUUCUUAGCUUAUUAUAUCGUCUGCAAUUUGAUCACAAAAGAACACCGUAACUUGAACCCACCAGAGGUUGAAAAUUCACAACUUCAGUAUGCUGGUUGGGGUCCUAAAGAUCAACAGCUGAUCUUCAUAUUUGAGAAUAACAUUUACUAUCAAACCAAUGUGGAAAGCAAAGCAAUUCGUCUGGUUUCUUCAGGGAAAGAAGGAGUCAUCUUUAAUGGUCUCAGUGACUGGCUAUAUGAAGAAGAGAUUUUCAGAACCCAUAUUGCUCAUUGGUGGUCACCAGAUGGUGCUCGAAUGGCAUAUACUACAAUCAAUGACACACUGGUGCCCAGGAUGGAGAUCCCAGUUUAUACAAGCUCCAUGUACCCUGUUGGGAAGGAGUACCAUUAUCCAAAGGCUGGAAAAGAAAAUCCAACAAUUUCCUUGUAUGUUGUUAAUCUCAAUGGGCCACUACACACUGUGGAAAUUAAACGCCCCGAUGAUAAAAGGAUAAGGGAAUAUUACAUUACUAUGGUGAAAUGGGCAACAAGUACAAAGCUUGCUGUGAACUGGCUGAACAGAGCCCAAAACAUCUCUGUGAUGACUCUGUGCGACGUCACCACUGGAGUUUGUACUAAGAAACAUGAAGAUGAGAGCGAAGGUUGGCUGCACAGACAGAAUGAAGCUCCAGUGUUUUCCAAAGAUGGAAAGAAGUUUUUCUUCAUAAGAGCAAUACCACAAGGCGGCAGAGGGAAGUUUUUUCAUAUUGCAAUGGCUUCUUCACAACCAAACAUUAGUACUGAUACGUUACAAUCGAUAACGUCCGGAGACUGGGAUGUGACAGAGCUUUUGGCAUACAAUGAAGCUAGACAAAUCAUCUAUUUUCUGAGUACAGAAGAUAAUCCAAAAAGAAGGCAUCUUUACAGUGCUGCCACCACUGGGCUAUAUAACCGACAAUGCCUUUCUUGUAAUCUGAUUGAAGGCUGUGGCUAUGUUGGUGCUUCCUUCAGUCACAAUAUGCAGUACUUCCUCUUAGACUGUAAAGGACCGGGAGUUCCAUCUGUAACAGUACAUAGUACUGCUGAUGAAGACACAGAGAUUUUAUAUUUGGAGACCAAUGACAAUGUGCGGAGAUCUCUUGAUUCCUUCCAGAUGCCCAAAGUGGAAUAUCAGGAUUUUGUGGUAUCCGAUUACCCUCUGACAUUGCAGGUACUUAAACCAGCGGGCUUCGUGGAUACUUCACACUACCCUCUCCUUCUCCUUGUGGAUGGCACCCCAGGUGAACAGACUGUGACUGAGAAGUUCCAGGUUGAUUGGGUCACAGUUUUGGUCAGCAGCUUCAACACCAUAGUGAUCAAAUGUGAUGGCCGUGGAAGUGGAUUCCAAGGAACAAAUUUUUUACAUGCAGUUCAGCGGAAAUUAGGACAUUUUCAAGAGCAAGAUCAACUGGAAGCUCUAAAUUACAUAGCAAAAGAGACUUUCAUUGACAGAACCAGAAUGGGUGUUUUUGGUGAGGUAUAUGGUGGUUAUUUAUCAACUCUUUUACUAACUGCAGAAGGUUCACCUCUAAAAUGUGGAGCAGCACUUUCCCCCAUCACAGACUUUAAACUUUAUGCAUCAGCAUUUUCAGAAAGGUAUUUGGGCUUGCCAGAAGGAGACCCACGAGCAUAUGAGUUGGCCAGGUUAGCUCCGCGUGCAAAGCAGCUGACUGAAAAGAAGCUUUUGAUAAUACAUUCCACAGCAGAUGAAAAAGUCCACUUCCAGCAUACUGCAGACUUUGUCACUCACCUUAUCCACUCAAUGGCUAACUAUACCCUUCAGAUAUAUCCAGAUGAAGGUCAUUUCAUACACAAAGAAGAAAUAAAAAAGCAUUUAUUUCAUUCCCUUGUGAACUAUUUUGAAGAAUGUUUCAGGCUUCCUGACAAACUUUAUGAGGAAAAAAUAGAAGAGGAAGAUGAAUAACAAGGAUAAAGUAGUCUUCUUGCUAAGCACAAGCCUGCUUCUUGAAAACAAUAUGCAACUGAUUGUUUUUGUUCUUGAACAUUAUUACAUUAGCAUGUAUCCGAGACUGAAAAGCAGGAAGCUGCCUGCUUCACUCAUCCACACUUCUCUCCCGAAAGUGAAAGGGGGCUUUGAGCAUGACAAAAAUAAGCCAGUGACCUUUGUUCAGAAAGAAGAGGUAAAACAACAACAACACCAUAGUAGCCUCAUCAGUUUCAUUUGGUCCAUCAGAGAGGAGUUGCAGGAAGAUCCAAAAUCUGAAAGACUCUGAGGCUUCCAAGACAAGAAUAUCAUCUCUCCUGCAUAUAAAGUUCACUGUGGCAGAACAAAGCUUAGGAGGAACACUGGGAGAAAAUUUUAUAACACAAGCAUUGGAUGAACUGUGACACCCAUGGAAGCUCCAUGUGCUCAUUCAUUGUGUGAGUCAAGGAGGAUUGUAAAAUGACAAAUAUAUACAUAAUAUAUCAUAUACUGUAA